UCUUAUAAACAGCGGUUUUGAUAGGACUAUCCAACAAAUAAGAACUCGUGGCCCGAAUUUUUCAAUAAUUUAAACAAAAUCCCAGACUUUCCUAGAAUUCAUAAAUGUUUCGUUUCGGUGGAUAUUCGUUCGUUUUUUCAAUGGAUAGAGACACAUGCUUUAUUUUAAUGUAGGGAGAGAAAGGUGGAUCUUUCCUUCCCAUUAUUUUACUUGAUAAAAUCAUUAACCUACACCGGUAGUGUAUGGUUUAUAAUACUCAUGUCCUCAUCUUCCGUCUGUUUAUUGAGGUGUAUGGUAGUCUAUCAUCACAUACGAAGUGGUUGGGAUUCACAAUGCACGACUGUUGUGUAUGGUGUUAUUUAGCCUAGGAUACCAUCAUCUCGUGUGUUUGUCGGGACCGGUGCACUGCAUGGCAAUGAGAUUCAAAGUCUGAUACACACGAUCCGAUCCGCGUGUAUAUAUAAUUUCGAAAAUACAGCUGUUUGUUUGUUUGUUGUACUCACCCUGUACGCUACAAUUAAUGUCGGCACAGGUAGUAAUUGUGGUACGUGACCGUGUGUGUACAUAACAUUUUCUUAUCUUUUUUCACUCUGUCAUCAAGGAGGUUGCAGAAACUGGAUGGUGGACCUUCAUUAGUUUUCAUUUACAUCAGAGGUGACGUUUUGUACGGAUCUUCCCUCACAAUCGUGGAGAAAACAUGGAAUUUUUUUAACUUCUAAUAAUUUUGUAAACUUACCUUAUACCACUCAUGAUUUUGGAUAUUAAACACUAUUAUCAUCGUAUCCGAUCUUUAUCCCAACUAUUUGGAAUUUGUUAUAUAAAUUAUAUCCGGUUAUUUGAUACUAUUAAAGGUCAUGUAAGAAGGGUGAGUUAGUUCAAGUAGAAAGAUUGAAAAAAAGGCUAUGUAGACAGAUUGGAAAGGACAGCGGGUACACCAAAAAGAAUGUGGUAGGAUUGGAAAAGGCAAUGGGUACACCCAAGAAUGUGGUUGGAAGUAGUCUGAAAAGAUACAGAGACUUAUGGCCUAAUUGAGGGUAUGGUCUUAAAUAGAGUAGAAUGACAUAUCAGAAUUCAUAUAGUCGACUCCUGUUAAUUGAAACAAAGCUAUGAUGAUGAUGAUGACCCUCAUUAAGAUCACAGGUGGCACAUUUGUGCAUUGAAAUUACAAAUCUUAACAUGAAACCUCUUUCCUUGCAAACUGUAAAGUCGAUCUGGACAUUACCUACAUGGGCUAUUUACAGUGGGGUACUUUUAUGUGUUUGUGUUUGUUACUUUAGUGUUAGUUGUGUUUGCCUUGUAUGACCCAUCUUUCAUGUAAAACUGCAGAGAGAGUGUGGGGGCAGACGUGAAUCAGAAGGUGUUUAGGGGGUUUGCGACGACGGCAGCAGUGAGAGAGGAUAAUGGGGAGAUAUUGGGGAUGUUGUUGAAGGCAGGGGCUUCCCAGCCUGCCUGCGAGGAAGCACUGCUAGAGGCUAGCUGCCAUGGGCAGGCAGACCUUGCCUACAUGCUCAUGGCCUCUGAAUUGAUCAGGCAAAAUGUAGCCCUCCAUGCUCUUGUAACCGCCAGUUCUAGAGGCUUCACUGGUGUUGUGGCCACUCUCAUCAAGUGUGGCGUUGAUGCAGAUGGGGUGGACCGGGUGCUCCUUCGUUCAUUGAAGCCUCCACUCCACACAAAUGUUGACUGCACUGCCCUCGUGGCUGCUGUUGUUGGUCGUCAAGCCACUGUUGUGCACCAGUUGCUCCAGGCUGGUGUAAGAACUGACUGCGAGGUCAAACUUGGUGCUUGGUCAUGGGAUCCAGUUUCUGGUGAGGAGCUACGAGUUGGUGCUGGGUUAGCUGAAGCUUAUGGCAUAACAUGGUGUGCAGUCGAGUACUACGAGUGCUCCGGAGCCAUCCUCCGUGCCCUCCUCCACCAUCACCACCCCAUAGAUACUCCACACCAAGGCCGCACCCUCAUCUUCCACUCCAUCCUUUGCAACAAUCCUCGUGCCCUCAACAUUUUACUAGAUGCUGGUUCAAACCCUGAAUUCACUGUGAGGACGAAGCGUGGGCUUAAGUUUCGGCCCAUCCACUUGGCUGCUAGGCUUGGCUCCCACACCACCCUGCAACAGUUGGUGUUGAGGCAAUGUGACCUUAAUUCACGCACUGAGUCAGGGGAGACAGCGCUCAUGCUGUGCGUGAAGGGGAGGCACGAGGAAUGCUUUCUCGUGGUGACAGAUGUGGGGGCUGACUUUGGACUUGUUAAUUAUAAGGGGCAGAGUGCAUUCUCGAUUGCUGAAUCGAAUGGUUGGUGCCCUGACUUUGAGCGGGUCAUCCUCAAUGCCAUCCGAUUAGGGAAGAAGAUCCAUUCAAGUGAUCAUACUGUGUUCUCCCCUCUCUUGUUCGUGGCAAGGUCGGGUGACAGUGUGGCCAUGCGAAGGCUUCUUGAGAAAGAGUCCGGCAUGAGCCUAAAUGAGCAGGACCAAGAUGGCAACACUCCUGUCAUGGCAGCUGUUUCCCUGGGCUUCAUUGACAUGUUUCGAGUACUUGUAUUUGCAGGUGCCGAUGUCAGGCUCCCUAACAAAAAGGGGGAGACAGUGUUUACUUUGUCGGAGUCAUUUGAGAAGCGUGACGAGUUUGAGCAAGUGAUGCUCGAGUUUGCAUUGGAAAGGGGGGAUCGAAGUGUUGGAUUUUGUGCGCUCCAUUGUGCUGCUCGUCGAGGUGACCUCCGUGCUGUGCAGCUGCUGGCAGGCAUGGGUUGUGGGGUCGACACAGAGGAUGAGGAUGGGUACACUCCCCUCAUGCUCGCUGCCAAGGGUGGACAUGCUCAUGUUUGUCGGUUCUUGAUUGGACAUGGAGCCAAUGUCGAGUCAGAGAACUGGAGGGGUGAGACUCCUUUAACUUUGGCUCAAAAAAGCGGGGUCUCUGAGGCCGAGAGUGUUGUGUUGGAUGAGUUAGCGAGGAGAUUCGUGGUGGGGGGAGGCAGGGUGGGGAAGCACACGAGGGAGGGGAAGGGGCGGGUCCAUGGAAAGGUCUUGUGCAUGGUCGUGUAUGGAGGGCGGAGCGUGGUGAGUUGGGGGACGUCGGGGAGGAGGAAUGUGGUGUGCAAAGAGGCAAGGGUGGGGGCAAGCGCUGUUUUUCGGAAGAAUCGGAUGAGGAAGGGGAAGGGGGAUGCCAAUGCAGCAGGUUUGUUUAGGGUGGUGACAACGAAGGGAAGGGAGGUGCAUUUUGUGGCUCAAGAUGGGUGGAGCGCAGAGCUAUGGGUGCGUGGGAUCAACCUCCUUACCACUGAGGCCACGAGUUUUGUGUCACUGGCUUGAAAGUGUGACAGAAGAGGUUCUGUCCGCAAAUGUUUGUGUCCCCAUGUACAUAGCAUAGAAAGAGCGUGUUUUGUACUUCAUCUCGAAGUCAAAUCUUUUUUUCCAGUAAAUUUUUGUAUUUUUUCAAUUUUAUUUUUUACUUUUGUAGUUUGCAUAUAAGUUAAGUGUGGAAGAGACGAUCACCAUUCGAACAUGGUGUUUUGUUGUUAACAAGUGGUAGGAAUCCUGCCUUGAUCUAUAGCGUUUCCUAAACAGGGGAACUGAAAUAAGGAAAAAGUUUAUAUAA